AUGGCCAGCUACAGCAAAGAGGCUAUCUCCAAGAGUGAGAUGACGGUUUCCAAUGACGAUGUUGCUAUGGACAAUAGCUCGGGGGAGCUUGUCGACGGCGUGGUUGUUGAAAAUGGCCUGCAGAGAUCGCUGAAGCAGCGUCAUCUGCAGAUGAUUGGGUUGGGCGGUGUUGUUGGAGCAAGUAUCUGGUACGGCACUGGAACUGCCCUAUCAUACUCAGGACCGAUCGGAGCCCUAAUCUGCUUUAUUGUGAUUGGAAUCGACGUGUUCUUCGUCAUGCAAAGCCUGGGCGAAAUGUCGACGCUCUACCCUACGUCCGGCGCCUUUACUGAAAUGGCCGGACGCUUCAUCGACCCUGCUGUCUCUGUAGCACUCGGAUGGAAUUACUGGUACAUGUGGGUUGCCAAUCUCAUGUCCGAAUAUAACAUGAUCUCCGUCGUGUUGAGUCAGUGGACCGACAAGGUCCCGUCCUACGGCUGGAUGUUGAUUUUCUGGGCCAUUUACCAAGGCAUUUCCUUCCUAGGCGUUGUGGUAUAUGGAGAGCUUGAAUUCUGGCUCGCCACGUGGAAGGUCAUCUGCGUGCUUGUGGGCUAUCUGCUUGCCAUCCUCGUCAAUACAGGUGCCAUCGGCGGAGACUACAUUGGCUUUCGUUUCUGGAAGGAUCCCGGUCCUUUUGCGAAUGGCAUAAACGGGUUUGGCCAGGCUUUUGUUCUGGCAGCAGUGUACUACUCCGGCACGGAAAUGAUUGCAAUCACCGCUGGGGAGAGUCAAAACCCGAAACGCGAUGUGCCAAAGGUAUAUAUGCAACUGUCCAACAUAAAUCAAGGGAAAUUGAAUGCUAACGAGAGAGAAAAGGCCAUCCAACAAACCAUCUUCCGCAUCGUAUUAAUCUUCCUAGGCAUGAUUUUCUUCGCCGGCAUCAUCGUGCCCUCCAAUGACCCCGAUUUCCUUACCGCUGGCACAAAAUCAGGCCUAUCACCCUGGACCAUUGCGCUGCAAAACGCCGGCUGGAAGCAUGCCUCCGACCUGAUCAACGUCUUCCUCCUAACCGCCUCCUUCUCCGCCAUCAACUCGGCCAUCUACAUCUCGUCGCGCGUGCUCUACUCUCUGGCCGACCUUGGCCGUGCCCCCGCCUUCCUGAAAAGAACCACGUCCAAAAACGUGCCUAUCUACGCUGCCAUUUUGUCGAAUUUGAUGGGUCUCAUUGCACUCAUCAAUGUGGCUAGCGGCGCCGGUACGGCAUUCACGUACAUCCUCGACAUUGCAGGCGCAGCCGCGUUCAUCGCAUGGGGCUGCAUCGGCAUUACGCAUUUGCGUUUCCGUCGUGCGUGGAGACUCCAGGGCCAUACCCCUGAAGAACUGCCGUUCCGCGCAUUUCUUUACCCCUGGGGCGCGUACUUCAUCACUGUCAUCAAUAUUUUCCUGCUCCUUAUCCAGGGCUAUGCGACGUUCUUGACGCCCUGGCAGCCAGUCGCGUUUGUGUUUUCGUAUAUCAUUGUUGUGCUGUUUGUGUUGCUGUUUGUGUUUUGGAAGUUCUUCAAGAAGACCGAGUUUGUUAAUCUGGCCGAGGUGGAUUUGCAACAUGGUCGGAGGGAUAUAUAG